AUGUCCCAGGGUUCUCCACAGUCCCAGGGUCGGCUACGGGAACCCCACUGCACCCAUGAUAAUGACGCUGGGGUGAAAUGUUCAGGUGCACUGUUGAUGCCCACCCUGUCCCUGCUCUCCCCUCACACCGUCUUAUCUCCCGGGGAGGCGGUUCGCUUCAGCUGUACUGUGGUACCGGGCCACCACCUGAAUUACUUCAACCUGUCUACGAGGGGCAUAGACACCCCGUUGAUGACUCGGUGGGUGACCUUUGCCCAGUCCAGGGUGGAGUUUACUCUGUCAAUCCUGAAGACUACUCAACAGGGCAGCUAUAGCUGUCUGUACGGGAUCAAGGGUAUCUCUCCCUCCUCCUCCACGCUCACCUCUCCACCCAGCAACUUUAUCAACAUCACUGUGGUGGAGCUGCUCACCCCUCUGCACUGGUACAACACGUCCACCGAGGCUCCCACAGGCUCUGUCAUCAAAGGCCACAGCUUCAACAUCACCUGCUUCACUGAGAAGCAGUAUCCUGGAGGUUCCUUCCAGCUGCGUCUGAUCCGCUCCAACGACAUGGUACACCAGUCGCUGCCCGCCCUCACUCCCGCUGUCACCUUCAGCUUCUCAAACGCACAGCUCUCCAACGAGGGCUACUAUUACUGCCUCUAUAUGGUCCAGCUUGACGGGAGAACCUUCGUGUCCCGGGAGAGCCAACCGCUCCAUGUCUCCAUCAGAGACCCAGACCCAGUGUUGAGCCCUAUGGUGAUCAGCUGCCUAGCUUCUGCUCUGGCCUUCCUCGUGGCUCUCGUCGUCGUCAUCGUCAUCAUCAUCGUCGCCAGAGUCAAGCUCUGCAAGAGACAGGAGAACCCCUUGGCGCUAGAGCUAGAGACCAGAACCUGUGUGGACAACACGUACGUUGCCUUGGGAUGAUGAGCUGGGCAGAUAUAUUGGAUAAAGAGAAGGACCAUGUGUUUGUGAGAGAACCAUCAAGAUGGAACCCACAAUGCAGACAUUCCUGAGCUGACAACCUUCCUCAGGGAUGGGUCACAGACAGAGAUAGUGACACAAGACAAGUACCAAAGCACUACGUAGGAGCCAUACACACGACAUCUACUAGAACCUGGUAGAAUCCUGCAUUAGAACAUGACAACACUUGUAGGUAGAUUUGUUAAGCCAUCAUCCAUAUACCAGGCACACUGUAAUGAACACUACAAUCAACUAACUAUAAAAGGACAAUGACUACAAUGACCCUAUUGGACACUUUGGCCUUUUCUAGGCCAGUUCUUAUGCCAAAAAUCAGCUCCAACUGACGAGACUGGACAUGAAUUCGACUGAGCACUAAGUUCCAAUGCCAAUGAUUUUAAUUGUUAAAUGAUGGUUGAAUAAGACUGACGGUCAGUUAAACUAUUUCACUAUUGACGUCAACAAGAGAACAGCGAACACUUGUUGGACUGAAGAAAGAUUAACUUUAAGGCCUCAGCAUACUUCAGUCCGGUUAGCCGAAGUCAGCAACCGAACGAGUGUGGUCAUGUACUCCCUUAAAAGACCUUCGCUUGAAAAACAAGAGGCAGUAGUACGGUUUGUCCAGUUUGAGACGUCGUAGCCAGUAUACACUUCCUCAAAAUAGUCUGAAUUAAUCUAAGAUACAGUAACUCAAGAAAUCUGUAUUUUUGACGUUUUUGCUCAGGAGACUUUAGUCGCGUAAUUUUUACAUCUAACUAAGAUGUUUGGUGCAGUAUUUCGCAAUGGAAAAAAAUGCAUGACAACAUGUCGGGUUGAAGACCGAAAAGCACCCUAUCCCCUCAGCACUCAAAUUAAGUGGACACUUCUGAUGACGUGUCAUGACAACUGACGAGUGUACACUUGGAGGGCGAGGGAGGAAGGAAUGAUUUUUAAAUGGACCGCCCUUGCCCGGAAAUUUGUCACUCGUUCAUCCCAUUAUGAUUGACUAGCUGAUGUCCAUCUCCACUAGAGACUGACUAGCUGAUGUCCAUCUCCAGUAGAGACUGACUAGCUGAUGU